AUGAGAACAUCAGCUGAGGAUGUUCCUGCAAAGAAAAAAUCAUCAGAAGAGGAGCCUGCUAGAAAGAGAUCUGCUGAGGAUGCGCCUCCCAAGAAAGGUGGUACAGCCUCUUCGGCUGAGCCAUUACCUGGCGCUCCUCGACCACCCCAGCCCACAGCACCAGCUGCACCUCCACGAAAACCGCUCGCUGGUGUCGAUCCUUACUUCUGGUGA